GGGUGAGGGAAAGGGCCAAGCUUUUUCUUUCCUUUUAAAUUUUCUUUUUAAACUUUAAUUGCCUUCACUGUUGUGGAGGCGCCUUUGCUUUUUUUCCCCUUCUGGUGAUUGUUGGUGGGUGCUGUUGUUGGGGUGAGGGGAGGUUGUUUUUUGCCUAUAUUAAAAGAGUUUGUUAACAGUUCUUCACUACAAUUCAUUGCUUUUGCCUUUAGUGGACUUUUGGGGUGCUCUAGUGGGGUUGUUCUGAGUUAUUGCUAGGUAAGCUUUUAAUAAGGUUUUAACAUAGGUGAGUUGUAGGCCUUGUUAGAAACACAAAUUAAUUUUCAGCUUAGGGACCAACAGAGUUUUCGUCUAAAGAGGACUGUGUAGGAAUUAAGGCUUCAGGUUGUCAAAUAAAUAAAUAGGUCAACAGUAAAAAAAUUAACUAGGCUGCUCAACUUAUUCUUGGUCUCUUGGCUUCAGUGAAGCCAGGCCAGGCGGUUUAGAAAAACAGUGUUUGUAGCCAUAGGCCAAGGUGUACUACUCUCUGGAUUUCAAGAAGGCAGUUGCUUGAUUCUUGAAGAAGAAUUAAGGUUAUUGGUAGCAUAGUUAGAAUAGUAACAUAACCUCAAUAAGGCUUUUAAAUAAGAUAACCUAUUUCCAUUUCCAGGUUACACCCAGAACAAUUAACUAGCUUUUACAGUAGGUCAAUAAGAGUUUUUUUUAAUCUGAUAUUUGGCUAGGUGCUGUAAACUACAUUGGGGGGGGGGUUGGAAUUUGUGUGUGUGUUAGUGUAGCACAGUUCAGCUAGCCCUACUCCAAAAGUACCAGCACUACUAUUCGUAGUAGGACGGAAUGAGUAAGAGGAGAGGAGUCCAGCGGGGCCCUGGGGGAAAGGUGAAGGUGAAGACUAGAGGGUUAGGGGGGAGGGGAAGAGAUGCAGUUCUCCCCCCACCUGCACGGCGGAGAACAGCCCCAACACAGCUGUCUUCCACUAGCCCUGCCCCUGGCUUGGCUGGUGAGAGCAAGAGACCUCGGAAGGUCGUCUUUGCUGAGGCUGCUGCAGGAGCACCACCUCCACAGGUGCCUGAGGCAGGAGCUGGCACUGGGCAGGGGCUUGCUGCUGAGGCUCCCUCUCCUACUGCUGUUAUGACUCAGCAGUGUGAGGAGGAUCAGCAUGAGAUGUGCUUUGGGGUGGACUUGGGGGAUGCGAGUCUUCCGAUCCCCAACCCAGGGACCCCGGGGAUGCUGGAGGAGAGGAGCUCCAUUGGUGAGCCUUCCCCAGUUUCCUCUGAGGCCAGCUGCAGGUCUUUCCAGGAGAGGCAGGAGCAGAGCAUGGAGGUGACAGAGGAGGAAGAGGUGGAGGCAGUGCCUUCCAGGGUGCUGCCAUCUCAACUCCUUUGCUCUCGGCCAUCCCCUUCUGCACCCACUAGACAAACUGCGUAUGCUCCAAGCGCCUCACAGGAGGCAGCUCCUGGAGUGUCUGCAGCUGCAGGGCAGCAUGGGUGCCACUACAGCUCUGCCAUCUGGGAUCACUUCCAGAAGAUGGAGGACCCCAGCUAUGCACAGUGCCAGCUGUGUCAAGCCCAGAUCAGUCCAGGGAAAGACAGGGCUCAUUUCUUGAUUACUAGACUCAGGAAUCAUUUGAAGAACCACCACCAGGAGGUGCUUCUUCAGGAGGCGAGAGAGGCUGGUGCCGCACAGCUGCCAGCAAGCCAGGAGAGAAGUGACCCCAUGACCAUCUCUGGUGCUCUCCCUUCCAGGUCUCCUGUAGGGGGAGGAGGCCAAGGGUCUCUGACAGAGAUGUUUUCUGAGGGUGGCACUAAUGUGCCAAGAGGUGAGAUCCAAAGAGCAACAAAGAGGGUCACUUGGCACAUCGCUGAGAUGAUCACUGUAGAUGGACAUCCCUUCUCCAUUGUCGAGGAUAUUGGGUUCCGCGGGCUGCUCCAAGAAGUUUGUCCUUGGUAUUCGCCCCCUGCUCGCACCACAUUGAGCAGGACAGUGGUGCCUUCCCUUUACAGGACUGUCAAGGAGUAUGUGAGGGCACAGUUGUCCCAUGCUGCUGAGAGAACUGUACACUUCACCUCUGACAUCUGGACCUGCCCUCAGUCACAGCAUGAGUACCUCUCACUGACUGCGCAUUGGUGGCAACCUGAUGACCUUUUGGGUGGUGGUGGAACAACCAGUGCCAUGCAGGGUCAGAUGGGGGACCGCAGGGCUGGCUACCGCCAUGCCUUGCUCCACGCUGAGGUUCUGGAGGAGGCGCACACUGUGGCCAACAUCUCUGCUGGCAUCAAGAGGCAAUUAGAGGACUGGGUAGGCAGGAAUGUCACCAUGGGAUACAUGGUGACGAAUAGUGGCAAAAACAUCACGGCAGCAGCAGAGCAAGUGGGCCUCAAUCACAUUUCCUGUGUGGCCCACAAACUUCACCUUGUGGUGAGGGAUGCACUGGGUCUGGGUCUGAAUCCUGAGGAUCCCAGACUGGACACUGCAACUCGUGAAUUCCAAUGUCUCAUCAUGAAAUGCCGGCACAUCGCGAGUCACUUCUUGUGCAGUGUGAAAGCUAUCCAUCAGCUCCGCCUGAAGCAGAUCUUGGUAGGUGUGCCAGAACAUCACCUGAUCAGCGACAUAAGCACUUGCUGGAACUCCACCUAUGCCAUGCUUGAGCGUUUGGUGGAGCAGCAGACUGCCCUCACAAUGCAGCUCUCAGAGAAUGGCACUGGGAGGGGAGAGAGUCAGUUCAGCCAAGAGGAGUGGCUGACCAUCUCCCAGACAGUGGAGGUCCUUAAGCCCUUUAAGGACUACACCAUCAUGGCCUCGUCUGAAACGGCGACCCUGGGUCUGGUCAUUCCUCUGGUGCAUGCGCUUCAGAAUAUUAUGACCUCCUUCCUGAAUCCAGACUCAGGAUGUGCAGACCUUGUUCCAGCAGUGCGUGCAUUUGUAAGAAGGCUGCAACAGGGCAUCAUGUCCCAGCUGCAGCCUAUCACUGAAAAGGAGCUGUACAUGUUAGCAACCAUGUGUGACCCGCGCAUCAAGGGCACCUUUGCUGAGCGGGCUGGGAAGCUUAGUAGCUUGAGAGAAGCACUGUCUGUGCGGGUGUGGCAUAUGCAGGCUAGGAGGGGCACUCUGCCAGCAGAGAGGACAGAGGAAGGGACCAGUUCUGCUAAUCCGUGCCCUGCCCCUUCUCAGCAGGUUCCCCUCACAGCCACUUCUGAGAUGUCCCUGGAGAUGAAGUUGAUCGCUAGAGCGCUAGAGCCCUCUGGGAACGUGAGGCAUGCAAACCAGGAUUUGGCAGCGGCAGUAGUGAGGGAGUACCUUUCAGAGCCCUGCGAGUCGCUUUCUACUGAUCCUCUGAGCUACUGGGCCCAGAAAGAGGCAGUCUGGCCUGACCUCUCUCUCGAGGCUCAGAGGCUCCUCUCUUGUCCUCCAACGAUCUUUUCCCAUGUGGGUGGCAUGGUCAGCCCUCAUCACACUCACCUGCCCCCCUGGAGAGUUGAGCAGUUGGUCUUCCUGAGAGUCAACUUGCCUCGUUUCAGUUGCCCUCUCGAUUUUCAGAGUGAGUGAAGUUGUACUUGCAUCAUCUGUCAGUCUGUGUGGGGGAGGUUGGGAAAAGUGCUCUUCCCCAAACUUAAAACUUAAGUAGAAAACCGGCAGGGCUAUUUAUCCAUUUGCCACACUAUAUAAAACCCAAAUAGGAUUCCUCCCCAUCCCCGCCAGAACACUCAUUGGACCCUGUCAGAAAACAGCAGCAGCAGCAGCAGCAGCAGCAGCAAAAAUGUUGUUCUCUCGCUACCGGAACAGGAAGAUUCCGAGAGAUGUCAGCGAAGAGACCAUAGUGCCAGUGUUUUAAAACAAGCAGAAGCCAAACCCCAGAGACACCCAAAAUGAAGCUAGUGAAUGCUGUUGUGUUGUUCUUGUGUACUGUUAAUUUUCUUCUUUACAGGGGUGGGAAGGAACAUGGCCAGUGAUUGGCAGGUGCUGCAGCUUUUGAGGCGCUGCUGGGCCAGUGAGUGACCGUACAGGCGGUGCUGCAUAGAGAGAAGAACUUGGGGUUACUCAAAAUUACCCCUCCUCACUUUCUGAGGCCUCCCUUGGGAGAGGAAUCUUAUACCAACUUACUGUGUGUGUGUGUGUUUGUGUUCCUGCUUUCCACUGCCAGGUGACUGGCUGUGCCUGUGCCAGGUUGGUGCUGCUGCUGCUGCUGCGGUGUGGUUGAUGUGUUGGUACUUGGUUUUUUCUGUGGUGUUACCAUAUUGGCUUUGGGGUCUUCCUGUCUUCAAUGAGUGACACUGUUUCUGGUGGGCUUGCAAAAGUGUCCCUUGUUUCACUUUGGUUCUACUGGGAUAGGCUUGACACAUGUUCUGAUGGGCUUUGUUGGUUCAUCUUACAUGGACUGGCUUUUGGCAAAGGGUUGGUUAAGAUUUCUUUGCCCUGUAAAGCCUUGGAAUUUCUUUUCCAUAGGGAAAAAAUGGAGAGUGGGUAGGAAUAUGUUGUUCAUGGACUCACAGAAUUGGAUUCCUUUUAAAACUUGGUGAGGGGUCUGUAGACAGGAAGGAGUAGAUUCUCUGUGAUUUUGCUGGAGUUGGCACCAAAAAGCCCUCCAGCUCCCCAAACAGGUUUACCUCAUAGGGACUCAUUUGGAUUCCUGAAUUAAAUUCAGAUCUGAAUAUUAUGCCGGUAUUAUUGGACCCAAACACCAGGAAUACCUAACGUAUAUAGUGUUCUGGAUACUCAGAUCUGAAUAAUAUGGAUUUUUUUGUGCACACCCCUUAUUAGGACCAAAUGAUUUUUGAAAAGUGAACAAAAUUUGAUGUAAUGAUGUUGUCAACUUCCAUCGGAAUGAUAAAAAAUAGGUUUAAAUUGGGAAGAUCUGAUGAUUUCAAUAAUAGUCCCAAUUAUGUGUGUCAAACGUUUUAGCCAUGCAGCCCCAUGUGUUUAGUCAGAAUUAAGUCCUAAUUCUUAAAACACAGUAGGACUUAAUUCUGACUAACAGAACUCUGACUAAACAAAAUUCUGACUAAAGUGAUAUUCUUAAAUCACUUGCUAUUUGCUUAGGUAAAGUACUUCACAUACACCCACCAUCCUGUGCAAAUGGCAGCAUUUUACACAUGUAUUUUUUGCAAAGCCCAAAGGAAAUAAUAUUCCCCCCAGCUGUUAUUGCUAUGCAUUGCUCUGUAGUUAAUUAUUUUUUAAAAGAGUGAGCAAAGCAGUCAUAAACACUCGUACUUUUCUUAAUCUUUCUAAGUCCAUAUACCAACAACGCUAAUAGCUGCUGAUCUGUUAAGACUGACAGCUUUUUGUACAUGCACAUUUUUGCAAAGCCUGAUGGGAAUAGUAUUCACCCUGCAUGUGCUAUUUAAAAAGUUAGUGUUUAGUUUCUAACUAUUUAAAAUUAAAAAUUGUUUGCAUGGCAAGAAUUUUGAUUUAAUUUGUUUAUACCCUGCCUUCCUCCCCUCCCCCCCAGUGGUGAUCCACAGUGGUUUUCUGUUGUUUUCCUCUCCUCCAUUUUAUUCUUGCAACAGCAACCCUGUGAAGUAGGUUAGGCUGAGAGACUCUAGUCCGACACUCUAACCAGGGAAACAAACAAGCAAAAAAAUUGAAAAGCAAAUGCAACAUUCAGGGACACAAUCUGCCACAUGAUCUAUGGUUCAUGGAGGGACUGCCUUCUGCCCUGAAGGAAAGCUCUGUGCUAGAUAACCAGUAGCAUGAUAUGCAAGGGCUGUUCUGAUAGGCUGGCUUCACAUGCUGCCUCUUUUGGCUGCGAAACAUGGGAAAUGACAAAAAGGAGACAGAUUAUAAAGAAACCAGAGUUAACAUGUGCAGCUAUUGUGCAAAUGUAAAGCUGUUCAGUAGCCACUCAAGUUGGAUGGUGAUGGUGAGGCAAGGAGAUCUGAGGUUCCACUCACAUCUGAUCAUGAUUGUAACCAAGUGGUGUGUUCAUCUACCAAACAUGUUCUGUGUGGAGCUCUCAGCACCCCUUCUUUUGUUGAAGUACAGCAACAAUCAGAUCUGCUACUGAAUGCCCCUGUCAGAGUCUCUUUCUAUAUUCAGUGUUUCACAUGUUCUUUUAUUCUUUAUUAUAGGCAGAAGGGCAUUGCUGGCAGAUGAGAGCAUAGGAUGUGUUAUAAGAUGUGUACGACAAUGAGUCCUUGAUGGUAUGGCUGGUAUAGUUGGGUCCUGUGAUAGUGUUGCUUAAGGAGCUAAGAAAUGGAAUUGCCUAGUUCUCUGGUUGUUAUUUCAGUUGAUUGCUUCAGGCUGGGAAGGCUGUCUAUAAGCUAGGAGAGUCCUUCCUAGUCCUUGUGAGAGUAAAAGGUAAUAUGGGAGAGGAUGUAGAUUCUUAGUGAUGCAAUGGGGAGGCUUUAGUUGAGAGCUGUAGGUCAUAACUAGAGGUGUUUGGUUACUGCCUGUGCCAGGUGGCCAGAUCUGUCCUGUAGUAAAUUACUACUUGGGUACCAUUGGUUGUUGUCAGUCUGUUUCUCUACUUUCUCCAUUUCAAUGUGAAUGCUUGGUGUAAACUCUACAGGUAUUUGUCCCUGUUCAAAGGACUGGCGGAGAUGCAGUUAUAUCUUAGAUAAAAUGCAGUGUCCAAGAACUGCCCCUCUGUUCAAAGCCCUUCCGAAUAUAAGAAAGCAGUGGGUGUGUGGGAGUCUUGGCUUUCAAGAUUUCAAGCAACAGCUUGAGCAGAAGGAGCCAG